AUGGUGCCGAGGAGCGCCGCCUGGUCUUGGGCUGGGAUGGUGGCCGAAUCAGAAAGUUGCCCUUUGGACUUCAGGUUGUUUGUCGUGGCAGCCAUGCGAGACAAGAGUUGGCCCUCCAAUUUAGUUCUGGGCUGCUGCAACAAGUUCGGGCCCAACCGUAUCGGAUCCGAUCGUUUCAUAAUUUCGGAUCUAUCCUAUCCGCUUGGUGGCUGUCUGGUGGGUGGAGUGAGAUGCGAGAUCUUAUUGUCACUGUUGCUCUCCAUUUUCAUUUCCCCACUUUCGCGCGGUUGCUGGCUCCGCCGCUGCGAGCCAUCGGGCGAUCCGGAGGCCAUUUCGUCGCGAGGAGCCCGAACCCUAGUUGUAUCCAGAUCUCUGAGGAAGAACAUUUUCGCGAAUGAUAAUACGAAGGAGGAGAAUACACCAAGGAUGCAACAAUGCUUGGAUUCAAAAAUUAAUGUAGUUUCCUGUCCCAUGUGCUACAUCGAUGGAUACUAUGCUAGUUCCAUUGCCAACUGCACAUAGGGAUAAUGAAACUACAGCUUCGCCAUCAUCAAGUUCAGCUGUAUGUUCUCUCCCCCAAGUCUCUUGAUGUUAGCCAUCUUACUGUAUUGCAGUAUUGUUUUUAUCAUUUCAUCAUGGUCACUCUUUUCUUAGUUUGCAUCUCGAUUCCGAAACAUGUCUGUUGUUGUCGAGGACAAUGUCAGUCAAUGAAAGUGGCAAAAACUAGAAUUAAAUGGUAUGUUGGAGAUUGUGAUCUGCAGAAACUACUACUAAUAUUUUAUUCUGCAUGUCAGCAAUUCUGUCGUUGGGCCACCAGCAAUCAGGUUGGGCAUUUUACUGGACUUGAAUACAUUGCUGCAUGCCUCUAUUUUUCACAUUGAAAUUACAGAUGGAAUUCAAACUUGCAAUAUAUACCAUUGAAGCAGCGUGUGAGGGAAACCAUCACCUAUGACCUGUGUAGCAAGCUGGAUCAGCACUCAGUCCACUUGUGGGUAAAUGAAACCUUAAAUAUGUAGAAUAUAUAUUUUAUUAUUAAAAAUAGAGGACAGAGGGUGUUGGAAAUGUGAAUGAAAUAAAGAAGUGGAGAUGAAGAGACUAUUGUGCAUGGAUUGUUAGUCCUAUAUUAAAAGUCUCUUGGCUUUAUUAUUAGUUUAAAUUAUUGUACA